GUGGAUGAAGUUCCUGAUGGAGCAGUAAAACCUCCUACAAAUAAAAUGCCUAUUUUCUUUUUUGGCACGCAUGAGACGGCAUUUUUGGGACCAAAGGACAUAUUCCCUUACUCUGAAAAUAAAGACAAAUAUGGCAAACCAAAUAAAAGAAAGGGUUUUAAUGAGGGAUUGUGGGAAAUAGACAACAAUCCCAAAGUGAAGUUCUCUCAUCAGCAGUCCCAUCCAGCUGUUAACACUGCUAUCAAAGAAACUGUUCAAGAAAGCAGCCAGGAGCCUGCUGAGGGGAGCGAAGAAAAAGCAGGAGCCAAGAGAAGAAAGUCUUCUGUCCCUAAAUUAUCCCCUAAAGGGGAUAAUAACUUGCCUACAGAAGCUGAGACAGAAGAAAAGGAGAUGGAUAUUUCAAAGGAAGAUGAUCUACCUUCUGAAAAAAGCAAUAAGGAAGAUGUGGUGAAAAAAAAUGAUGCUUCUAUUCCUAAAGUUGCUAGAAGAGGAAGAAAAAGAAAGGCUGAAAAACAAGCUGAAGCUGAGGAAGCAUCAGCAGUGGCAACAGCAGCUGUGGCUGCAGCUGUGGCAGCAGCUGUGGCAGCAGCAGCUCCUUUGCCAGUGUCUCCAAAAGUAAGCCCCAAAAGAGGAAGACCAGCAGCUUCUGAAAUAAAGGUUCCAAAACCAAGAGGGAGACCCAAGUUGGUGAAACCACCGUGUCUUUCAGAGGGUGACUUUGUUAAUGAGGAAGAGAAGGCAAAGAAAAAAGGACCAGAGGAAAAGCCCAAAAAGCAAAUGAAGAAAGAUGAGGAAGGUCAGAAGGAAGAUGAGAAAUCAAAGAAGGAAUUUGAUAAAAAGGAAGGAAAGAAAGAGGCUGAAUCAAAAAGGAAAAAUGCUGCAAAAGUGGGUUCUGGAUCAGCUUCUGAUUCUGAAGAUGAUGGAGAAGAACAAGAAGGUGACAAGAAGAAGAAAGGAGGAAGAAGUUUUCAGACUCCUAGAAGAAACAUCGUAAGAGGUCAGCAUGAGAGGGAAGUUACGGAAAGAAAGCGUAAGCAAGAGGAACAGGCAGAAUCUGAAUCGCAGAGUAAAGACGAAGGCAAGAAGACAGAAGUUAAGAGGAUGGAGAAGAAGAGAGAAACGUCAAUGGAUUCUAGGCUUCAAAGGAUACAUGCAGAAAUUAAGAACUCCCUGAAAAUUGAUAAUCUUGACGUGAACAGGUGUAUUGAGGCUCUUGAUGAGCUUGCAUCCCUUCAACUCACAAUGCAGCAAGCUCAGAAACAUACAGAGAUGAUUCUGACUCUAAAGAAGAUACGGAAAUUCAAAGUUAGUCAAGUUAUCAUGGAGAAGUCUACGAUGUUGUAUAACAAGUUCAAGACCAUGUUUCUAGUUGGGGAAGGGGAUUCUGUUCUUUCGCAAGUACUAAAUAAAUCACUUGCUGAGCAGAAGCAGCAUGAGGAAGCCAACAAAACCAAAGAACAGUGGAAGAAAGGAGCAAACAAAAAAAUGGAAAAGGAAAAGGACCAAACAGGUGAGUGUCACU